UUCAAGUUCCUAGGAGUAUAGAGUGCUACGAUUAAUUCGCCAAUACUAAGUCAUUCACAUAAAUUUUAAAGCACUAGAAAUGAGUCAUCAAGGCAUUACAUUGUAGCACGCGCCACUGACAGUCUCAGCCAGUGUACAUAAAGAUAAGAUGAGUAGUAGGUGACUGCAAAGGAAAGAAAAUUGGUAAAAAGAAUACUUCACUCCGCAGUAUCAUUGCAGCACGGCCAGUAUGGCCACAGUUUCUUAUGGUGAACCUGAAUUGCGAAAUGCGUUCGAUCGAUUUUCGCUCUGGAUUUUAUCACAAUACUUAUCCACCAAGAACAGCGUCAAGCUAGUGUCGGGUGCAAGGAUCAAGGAGGAGCUAAGGAAUCAUCUUGUUGCGCUUACCACGAGUGAAGCUGGCAUCCCGACAGAGCUGCAUCUAUUGGAACAUCAUCUUACUAAGCGGCAGUACGAACAGCACUCUUCCAAGACGCUUUCGGAUGGUGAUCUUGCAGCCGUCGGUGCCUACUUUGAUCUCAAACCACCGCCGGCUGUGCAUUACUAUGUGAGCAUCGGCAGAGAGUUCAUGGAGCCGGAAUCGCCAGUGAUGAAAUGUGGCACAGUGGAUCUGCCCUUUCUGCAGCUCAUUCCAUCAAACGUUCUUUCGGUAAUCAGCUGUAUCCGAGAGUUACCGGAUGCAAAGACAAAGUGUGCCUACGAGCGAAUAUUUUCCAAUGGCAGAACGCUACGGGCACAGCUACUGGAUGCGGCCGAGCAACAGAUGUGCACUACCGAGGACGAAACGCUGGAACGACGGCUCUAUUUCAACGAAGCACUACCAGCGUGUGCUGUAGAGUUGGAGGCCCUUGCUACCGCCUUUGCUGCCGACGAAAGCACGGCCGUUCCCCUUGGAUUGGUCAUUAUCCGGCAAGGCUCGCUUGAGUAUAUUAACCGGUACAUCAAGAAAAACUGCGUGGAACGUGAAGAAGACGUAACGUCAAGUACCUGGGUACUGAUAAGCGACGUGGUACCGUUUGAAGCGCCCUUUCCAACGCACACUACCGUGCACGAGGUUGCUUACUUGGAGGAUUAUGGAUUGGUUUUCUGGCUGCGAAGUAAAGGGGAUCGAAAAACGACGAUCUUACGGUAUUUCACUCUCGGUUCACUCCGCGAGCUAGAUGUUGUACCGCCAGCCCCCGGCUGGUUGAAUGUACUCACUACAAACGAAACCAACGGGUGUACUACAUACCUGCGCAGACUCCGAAGCGCAUCUCAACGAACCGAUCCCUUCCGGGCGAUCGCGCAUUGGGAUGCUAGCGAGGCAAAUGAUAUCCUACUACAACGAACUGGUGCACAUGGCGAGCAGGAAAGGUUUAAUGACACAUUGUGCGCCCUGUUUGGAGCUACUGUCGAAGAUGAACGGUUCGCGGUACGAAACGGACAUCUACUACUGCUCAUAGAUCAUGCUACAGAGGAUUGCUGUUCGCUCGCCGUGAUGGAGUCAUUGAUUAAGUGGUUAAAUAUUGUCGAUCAAGCCACUAGCCGCCGUUUGAUCGUGUGGAUCGUGGGAGACGAUCAGUUUUGGAAAUCAAUUGUAACGCACUCCCAUCAUAUGGCCGUACGGCACGCUAUGCCUUUGUUAAACGAACAAGAACAACGCGAAUGCUUAUCGAUGCUGCUCCCAACGGAAUGCAGCAGCGAUGUGGAUACCAUACUAAGAUAUGCUACCGAGAGCAACUGCCGAAAGUACGGUGAAAGGCUACGAGGAAACGUGUUUUUCGUCGCUGCUCUUGCAGAAACAUUCGCUCAUCGCCAGAGCUUACAACCUGCGUCCUAUUUAUGGAUCGAGCUCAUGGAACGGUUCAUUUGGAACCAUUUAGCAGCGCCAACGGACAGCGAGCGAUUGGUUCACCUGGAGGAAGAAUGUUUUAGAAAGGUUACCGGUAACAUUGAGCCACAUCAUAGCCCACUGGAUCGUGAGAAAAGAUUUUAUAAGCAUCGGACACUGCUUAAAUUUUUAGCCACCAGCUACCUACGGCGUCGCCCGGAAAGGAUCGACUUGGAAGCGUACCAUGCGGUAGAUAAAGAUAUGCUUGAUCAGCUUUUGUUCCGCCAUAGCGCACUAGCUCUCGCAGUAUUGCGUCAAGAUCUUGAGCAGGUUCGCAAUAUGGUGAGCCAAGGAUUCCCCGAUUCGCUGCGUUCCCACACCGACCAUCUUCAGCGCAAUCUUUUACACAUCAUACGGGAAUCGGUCGAGAUAGCUGAUAUCCUGUUAGACACCAAUGCGUUGGAAUUGGAGCAACGGUGUGCACAGCUGAACAACUGGACACCGCUGGAAAUGAUGGAUGAUCGAGAGGAUUGGCCAAUUGUCGAUCGAUUGCUGGCCAAGGGCGCAUCCGUCAGGGCGACAAAUGCACUCAAACUGCACACGAUGUUACCUUCGCGAUUGAGCGAAGUGUUGCACGUCGGUAUUGGCAACAAUUGUGUUGCGCUCGUGGAUUGGAUUUUGCAGCAUCGACCCGACUAUCGGAUCAGUCAGUAUGAUUUGUACUGCCUCUCGGUGCACCAAGAGUUCGAUCGUGACCUUACGUUCCGGCUGCUGGCGCUUGCCAAGCAGCAGGCUUUGCCAGAACGCGAACCAAUACCCUACCGGUUCAUCUGGGACAAUUCGGCCCUCGAUAAUUUGGUGGAAGAUUGGCGAUACGAGCUGGCAGCCUAUCUGGUCGAACAUCUCGCGUUCGAACCGACCGAGCAGUUCCGCAGACUAGCUGUCGCUGCCUCGACCGAGGUGAAAAGCGAAGACGCCUAUGAGCUGCUCAACCAACUUUACGAUCGCGGUUGUCUGAGUGAAAUGUAUCGUUUCGUUGAGGAAAAGCAGCUCGAUCCAGGUAACCUGUUUAUUCGAGCCGCCUCUAGGGGUGACCUGGCCGUAGUACAAGCUCUUUUCGAUAGUUGCGGGCUUGCCCAACGGUUCCAAGACGACGAGAACGAUCACGGUCAACGUGCGCUAGCUGAAGCGCAGCAAAACGGCCACCAGGAGGUUGUUCGCUACUUGCAGGAAGUUUGUGGAAUUAUCCCCGACGCUAGGGAACCGCACCAUCAAGGACUGGAUAAUAGUGCGGAAGAUUUCGAAUCCAUCAUGGCUCUAAACCUAGAAGAACUGAGACUACGCAGAAUCGAUUAUACUCAGCGGUCGGAGUAUGGUGAAUCGUAUUUGCAUUAUUACAUCCGCAACAACGACGCACCGGAUGAGGCCGUAUUUCGUUACCUUCUUUCUCGGUAUGAUACCGUUGAUGCCAUUCGAUGCGAAGGUGAAACGGCCCUGCACAUCGCGCUGGCAUGUGGCAAUGAGCUGUGCGUUCGGCUGCUCAUCGAGCACGGUGCCAAUGUGUUUGCAACCGGCGAAAAACACCAGCUUACUUCGUUACAUUUUGCUGCCAUGAGCGGUAAACAGCGGCUGAUCGAUCAACUGAUCGUGCGCUAUGGCUUCGACGUGAAUGUCCGCGAUCAGAAGGGAAGAACGAUCGCUUUCUAUCUACCGACAUGCCAUCGACUCUUCCGGCAUCUGAUCGAUCGCUAUAAGCUGGAUGUGUUCGGAUGCGAUAACGAGGGUCUUACGCUUUUGCAUGAUUCGGUGCUCAGUGAUAGCUACUUUGCUACAUUGAAAGUGGAGUUUGUACUACGACAACUGCAGUUUCCUCAAACACUUACCGAUUCGAAUGGCCGGCUUGCACUACACUGUGCCGUUCAAACGCGUUCGAUCGCGAUGGUCGCACUUCUACUGAAAUAUCGAUCGGACCUUUUCCAUGUGCCAGACAACGACGGGGUGUCAGCGUUGCAGUUAGCACAAUCGAUGAAUCUGCAGCACGUGGUACGAAUGUUUCAAAGCCUGUAAAUACGACGCCCCGUAUGGCUUCUCGGAAAUCGGUCACCUUCAUUGAAUGAGAAAAAGUGAAAAAGUUACGUUUUAUAUAAAAUAUAUUUGCCUACAUAA